AUGCCCUUCACAAUCCUCCCACCCGCGCCCGCCGUCCCCUACAACCACCCACACCACCACGCCCCCUCCUCCGAUGACGCCUUCUCCUCCGCCGACGAAAUGGACAUCGACACCGCCGCCUCCCGCCCCACCAAACGCGCCCGCCUCUCCCGCUCACUCGUCACGCCCGGCGAAACCGUAACCUCUGACCCCCAAUGGAUGCGCGGCCACGGGACCUACAUCCCCGGGGACUCGACCUCAAUCGUCAGCACCGUCGCGGGCACCGUGCUCAAAACCAACAAGCUGCUCUCCAUCACGCCGCUGCGGGCGCGCUAUACGCCUGAGAUCGGCGACCUGGUGAUAGGGCGGAUUGCCGAAGUGCAGAGUCGGCGGUGGAGGGUCGAUAUUAGCGCACCGUUGCUGGGGGCGCUGCCGCUUAGUGCGAUUAACUUGCCCGGAGGCAUUCUGAGGAAGAGGACUGCGGUCGAUGAGCUGAAUAUGCGGGCGUUUUUCUCGGAGGGGGAUUUGUUGGUUGCGGAAGUGCAGUCGGUGUUUGCGGAUGGGAGCGCGUCGUUGCAUACACGCUCGCUUAAGUAUGGCAAGCUGCGUAAUGGGUACUUCAUGGCUGUCUCCGGUACGGGUGGCUCCCGGCGUGGUGGCGUGGCGCGGAGUCGGCGGCAGGUCUUCAGCUUGGCGACCGCGAGGGGGGGCGGGGAGGUGGAUGUCGUACUGGGUGUGAACGGGUUCAUCUGGAUUGCGAGGCAUGUGGAGCAGGCUAAGGAUGUGGCGGUCACGAGGCUGGAGGAGAGUGUAAGUUUGAGUAUCUAUUCAAGUCAGAAUGAUGAGAUUGGGCCGCAAACACGACGGGAGAUUGCAAGGGUGGCUGGAUGCAUCAGGGUGCUGGUUGAAGCGGGGGCGAGGGUAGACGAAGAUAUGGUCGUGAGGGCGUACGAGGCAAGUCUGGAACUGGAGUUUGAGACUGAGGGGGGGGAGGACGCCGGGAGUGAGUUUCUCGGUGGGGAGAGAGGGAAGCGGAUCGUAGAAGUAGCGUUGGGUUCAGCGCCUUCAUAA